CAUGCCAUGUGAGCGAACCCUGGUGGCAGCUGUCAGAGCUGAUCACGCCUCCUUCGCACAGCAUGCUGGGGGUGCCUCUGCUGUCAUCUUCCUACAGACAACCAUGAGCCCAUCCACCCAGGCGGCCACUUUCAUAGCCACCUGUCCAUGCCCUGUGUGACCCUUUUGGACACCUGCAGGUGCCAGAUCCCGAGAUGCGGCCCCUCUGGAGACUCCUCAUUCUUCUUGGUUUGCUGGCCUGGCCCUCGGUCCUGCUGCCCAGGCAGCCAUGGCCUGGCCUGGCCAAGGCCCACACAGAGAGCAAAUCUACCCUGGCAAGAGUUAUUGCCCAAGGCCUCAUGAAUAGCAAUGUGGAGGGCCGAAUCCAGAAGCUGCACCUCCUGGACAGUCUGAACGUCUCUGGGCAAGCAGUCCCAGGCAUGGUGGGCUGGCUUAUCGGUGGCAUGAAUAUCCAGCAGCAGCAAGAGAUCAGCAUCAGCAUCGCCAGCGUCCAGCUGGACUACGGUGGGAUCCAGAUGUCUUUCCACAAGGAGUGGUUCUCAGCCAACAUCUCACUGGAACUUGACAUUGAGUUGGGCCUGCCCGUGAGCAGCAGUGUCGUUCCGACGCUGGUGCGCAUGAACCUCACGGUGGAGUUCUGGCUGCAGAAAGACGAGUUCGGCCGGAGGGACCUGGUGAUGGGCAAAUGCCAGGUGCAGCCCGACGGGGACCAUGUGCAGAUUCUCACCCAGGCUGUCCCACCCAAGACGAAGCAUUUUGUCUACAACUUCAAAGAGAACCUGGAAAAAAUCAUGCCACGCCUGGUAGAAAGUCAGGUAUGUCCACGGAUGGACGAGAUCCUGAGGCAGCUGGAUGUGAAGCUGUUGAAGAGCCUCAUGGAACAAGCUUCUGCUCAUGAACUUCAUCAACUGUGAACCCAGGCCAUACACUCUGGGCUGCAGGGCCUCUUAGCUGCCCCCUGUUGGCCAAAGCAAGCUUCCACACCUUGGGACCUCAAGUCUCCCACGAAGUGGAGCUGUGCUGCCCCCUGGAAACCUUGACCCCAGAACCUGUGGACCUCUCCCACAAUAAACUGUAGCUCUGAAGAC